GCCUCCUCCCCGAAACCCUCGCCGUCGUCCAACGCCGCUCAGCCGGUUUUGCCAAAAAUCAUCGCCGUCGUGACCAAAAGCUCGCGAUACAGCCGUAGUUAGGGCUAGCUGGGAAGUCAGCGAAAGGAUCGCAGGGUACAAAGACCUUCGAAACUCCCAUCUUCUCCUCCUUGCAGUCCGCUCAUACCGGAAACCAUUGAGUAAGGAGGUCUUCUGCGUGGCGAUUCUUUGAUUAGGUUAGGGCAGCUCGCUUGUUGUAGCAGUGAACAUGUCUUCGCUUAGGAAUGCAAUUCCGAGACGAGCACAUAAGGAACGGGCGCAGCCUCAAGCAAGGAAGAAAUUUGGACUUCUUGAGAAGCACAAAGAUUAUGUGGAGAGAGCCAAAUCAUUCCACAAAAAAGAAGAGUCUCUUCGUAUUCUUAGAGAGAAAGCCAUGUCCAGGAACCCAGAUGAGUUUUAUUUCAAGAUGAUAAAUUCGAGAGUGUUUGAGGGAGUACAUAGACCAAAGAGCCAAGCAAACAAGUAUAGCCAGGAUGAACUUAUGCUGAUGAAGACUCAAGAUAUUGGAUAUGUACUUCAGAAACUUCAGAGUGAGAAGAAGAAAAUCAGUAUGCUCAAUGGUGCGCUUCAUGGACUGGACAAUAAACCACCAAACAAGCAUGUUUACUAUGCUGAAGACAGGGAGGAAGCUAAAGAAAUAAGAUCAAGAUCAUCACACAUAAAUGCUUCACCUCCCCUGCAGACCUUGCCAAGAAAAAUUAAGAAGAAAAAAGCAUCUUCUUACCGGGAGCUGGAAGAAAGGAAGAAAAGGGCGGAGCAGCUGGAAAAAGUGUACACUGAGAUGGCUUUGCAAAAGGAACUACAGAAACCUGGUCGGAAGCGCAAGCUUCGUGAAGACGAGAUGGUUUCGCCAGCGACCAGACCUGUUUAUAAAUGGCGUGCUGAGCGUAAACGCUGAUGGGGAUGAAAUUCAUACUAUAAUUGUAUGCUGAGUGGCAGAUUUGGGUUAGGUUUUUGUCGUUGCUGUUUUCACAAACGUUCUUCUUUUGCACCUUAACCUGCUUCCAAUAUCCAUAUUGCAGGAAAGUCUAGUUGAGUAUUGUUCUAACGUUACUAUUAUCAUUAUUUUUUGGUGCCUUUUGUGGUGGUGAGGCUACUUAUUCAUGAAUCUUGUUACGCUGUCUGUUGUUCUAUUUAAAUUUUUAAAUGGCAUAUUUCAUAGUUGGGAAAUUUACAUACGUAGCAAACGAUACUUGUGUAUUUGCAUAACUCGCACUAAACUUUUCAUAUUUACAUACACGGCAUUUUA